AUGGUGGAUGUGGUUAAGGCAAAAGCAAUUAUCGGUCAAAACAAAGCACAAGAAUUGCUUAAGCAGAGCCCAGGAGAUCUACGCUUAAAAGCUUGUUCAGGUGACUAUGAUAGGAUAUCAAAUCAUCAUGUCCCAAAUGCUUUACUGGCAUUUAAGAAAGAUGCCCCGGACAUUGCUGAAGAAGAAAUGAGUGAAGUUGCUGAAGAGGCAAGGGCAUGUGAGUCUAGUUUUUCAGGGGGUUCUCCUCUGACAGAUGUGAAUAAUGUUUUAGCAGAUGUUGCGACUAUUACUGCAGCUAUAGCAAAGGAAUUAGUUGGUUGA